UGUGCGUCACUAGUGUACGGGAGUUUCGAAGCGUUAUAGAAAAAAGGCCGCCGUGGCCGCCACGCUCUCAGGUUCCUCUCUGGCGCUACCACAGUAUAUUAAACAGUAUAUUACACAGUAUAUUAAACAGUAUAUUACAGAUAUACUGUGGCGCUACUCAAGUACUCGUAGAGCUCUAGCUAGCUACCAUCAUAGAAAUUGUUGGAGCAAUACCAGGCAAUACGCAUAACGUUUUCUUUAAUCCUAUCGUUACUCAUGUGGAAUGCAGAUUUUCUCGUUAAAGGAGUUCUUAUUUUUGUGUGCACUUCAAUUGUAUGGAAAUUCAAUAAAACUCGAGACAAAUUAUUGCAGACAGAAUAACCGACCGUGAAGUGGUUAUCGGGAAAUGUUUUGAGAUGUAAAUUAAAAUGACGCACGCUACGUGUUCCCACGAAGUCAUUACAUGGAAGAUCGUAAAUAAUUCUGUCACAAGUAGAAUAAUCAACAACUCCCUAAUACAUAAAUUUAGCCCAUCGCAAAAAAUACGAAGAAGGACAAAAGCGCUCAACGCCGAAAUAAAAAAACAAUACAGUGGUGUGAGGGAGUACAAACGCUACGUGGAUCUGAAGACUAAAGUCCUGAGAAACUGGACAGAUGACACUGACACUAGUGAUAGUAACAGUGAUGUUGACUACGACAUUAUAUAUAGCUCGCCAUCGAAACAGACCAAUUAUGUGCGCAAAAAUUUUGAAAAGCUUCAAAUUUUUGACAGCGAAGAAGACUGCAAAGAAGUGAGCAUCAGACAUAAAAAGAGGAGCAAACAAAAAAUUGUAAAAAAUGAUAAUAACGUAUCAUUUAACUUGCGUAAACGAAGACGCUCGAGUAUCUUGGAUAAUGAAGGAAACAUUUUGGAGGAUAAUAAUCAUUGUUUUGAGACUCAAUCUAAUGAGCAAGCUCUUUCUUUAUCUGAUUCUCAAAAUUGUAUGCCAUCUACUGUAAUAAAAUCUAGAAAUAAAUACACAAGGCGGAAACACAGAAACUCUGAUGCAACGGACAAUGAAUUAAGUUCAAAAGAUAAUGCGAUAGUCAAUAAAACAAAACGUGUAAAGAGAAAAAAAAUAUGGAAUGACAAAGAUCAUAUUGCGACAAUAAAGGAUACUGAUACUGAGUCAAAUACUGAAUUUAAUUCACAUUUAGACCAUCAGUCGUCUCCAUCUCAGUCAACUAAUGUAGACAAUAGUAAUGAAUUAAAUACCCAUGUUAAUUCGGAAGAUAGCAAACGCAAUAAGUUAACAGCAGUAAUUAACGAAAAUUCGAUAAACGCAAAGAAUCAUGACAAUAUGCUUGUGAGUCGCAAACCAGUAUUGUUAAAGAAUGUUAGAAGGAACUUGAUACCUGCAUUAGAGAAAGCUAAUUCUAUGAAUAAUGAUAAAGAUGUUAAAACAGAUAAAAAUGUCGAAGAAAAAUUGAAUUAUGAUCAGUUAUAUCCAGCUAUCCCAAUUGAUCAACAUAGUACACCAUUAAAUAAAACACAAACUGAGAAGAAAGAUUCAUUACCGGAUACUUUGUCAUUGGAUCAGCAAAAAGAUUCUGGAAUUGAUGAAGACUUGGAAGAUAAAUUUGUCAAUAUCAAAAAUUCUAAUAACAGUCUAAUGAAACAGAAUAUGAAAAAAAACAUGGAAAAAACACCUUCCUCUCAACGACGAAAAAAGAUUGACAAAGUAAUUGAAACAGCAGAAAAUUGUGAGGAGAAUGUAAAGGACACACAUUCAAAAUUUAACAAUGACAUUUUAGAAAAACAAAUUAGUAAAGAACAGGAGUCUUCUAGAGAAGAAAACAUAAAAAAAUCUCUCCAAUUAAGUCAAAUUGAUAUGACUAUAGAGACUAAUCAAAAAGAUAAGGAAGACAAACACCUUGUAAAGAUGACAGAUUCAGAUGAUAUUCAAAAGCAGCAGUUGCUAUCUCCUAAACAAGAUUAUACAAAAGAUGUUCAUUCAGAGUCUUAUGAUCAUAUUCAAGAGAAAGAAGAUAAUAGAGAAAUAGAUAAGCCUGCUGAAGAAGAAGAAAUAUCUCGCGAAUUAGACAAGGUCAAUAAGGAUAUAGAGGAUUCUUCACUUUAUUACAAAGAAGAACGAGAUAGCGAAGAAGAAAAGGGGUCUUCUGGAAAAGAAAUGACGACUUCCCAUCAAUUAAAUCAGAUUAGCAAUGCCACAGAGAUUUGUUCAACAAAUUAUGAAAAUCAAAAGCAUUCUGUGAAAUCGCAAAAUUUAUGCGAUAGUAAAAAGCAACAACUAUCUCCUAAAGAAAAUCAUAUAAAAGAUGUAUGUCUGAAUGAAGAAAAGGAAGAAAAGUGUUCCCUUCAAUUAAAUCAGGUUGAUAAGAAUACAAAUAUACAUUUAAUAAGUCAAGAAAAUAAAACUUGCGUGGAAGCGGAGACUACCCAUAAUACACAAAAACAACAUCUCUUACCUAAAGUUACAUGUACUGAAAUUCUUAACAAAAGAUAUAAGAUAAUAGACAAGAAAGCUAUCGAAGGUGUUGAGAAAAUUGAUAAUGUUAAUAACAAUAUAGACGCUGCUGAAUGUACUCCAAAAAAGAAUACAUUAACACAUUGUCCGAAUGUCAUCAAUAAUCAGCAAGAAACAGUAAUGUUUGAGGAGGAAAAUGAUAUAGCAUUAACAUUGGAAACAGAUAAUGAAGAAGAUAAUGUAAACUAUAUGUCGCCUCAAGCUAGAAAACGACUUCAGCAGCAAGCGAAAUUGAAUUUAGUUGUAAAUACUGAUUCCAGUGAAAGCGAUGACGAACAUAUAAUCACUAAAAACUCGCGAGAACAAAUUUACACUUCGGAUACGAGCCAUUGCAACGAAGAUGAGUUGAAUGAUGAAAUUAAUGAAGCUUCUAAACAAAUGGAAACUGAUGUUUUAGGCAAUGAAGAUAUUUGUGAGGACAUUUGCAAAGAGGCUACGUCAGUUCCUGCAGAAGUAGUAAAACAGGAUUCAACAAAUAUAAAAAAAGGAAUAGAAAAGAAAGCGGUGUCAACCGAAAGUUCAAGCACACAGCUUAAUAUCUCUAGUCAGUAUAGACCACGCAAUUUACAACAACUAAUUGAAGAUGAAGAAUUACUUGUAGAAACGAUGCCGGCAAGUUUUACAUUGGUCGAUCUUUCCGAGGACGAAGACGCUUUUAUUUUAAAUAUUCCAAGCAAGGCAAUACAAUGCAACUUGCAAGGUCAAAUGACAAUAACAGAGAAAUCAAUAAAAUUUAAUAAAAGUAAAUACAGAAUCGUUUGCAGAGAAGCGGGUACUACAUCUUGCAUUUUUGCUACUGGUAACAACCGGAAACCUUAUAAAUUAGUAAACAUUAAAAAUAUCGGUACUAUUACUCUACGAGAAAAAUUACAAGAUUCAGAAAAACCUGAUGUAUGAAUUCUUAUAGUAUUAUUUCUUCUGAAUUGAUUAAAAUCAAUAAAAAAGAUUAAAGAACCGACAAAUGGAUAAAGUAAAUGAAAGUCUCAAAGCAUAAAAAGUGAAAACGAAAAGCAAAUUCAGGUAAAUCAAUUAUUAUUACAAUGUAUUAAAUUAAAAAGAAAGAUGACAAAAGGCUAUAGAAAACAACGGCCAUCAAAUUGAAGCUAAUUUUAAAUAUGAACAAAUUUGCUCCCAUUUUAAGCUAAAAAUACGAUAAUACUUUUCUUUCAAUUUCAUUAUUAAACGAUAUAUAAAUAUCAUUAUAUGUAAUAAAGUAAUUAUUCGGAUCUUAUACAAUCAAUCAAAAGUUUAUUUUAUAUUUUUCCUUUUUUGUAAACUAAGGAAAAUUAAUAAUUUCCUUAGUUAGAUAAUUAAGGAAAACUAAGGAUAAUUAAUAAUAAGAAAACGGAAGUUGCAUGAAUCUCUUUAUCAAUCUAAUAUAAUUGCGUAAAUAAUAUUCUUUCAGAAGUUGAAUAUCUUGCGAUAAAGAGAACGAUAAAAAAAAAUAUUUUUUUUUAAUGUUUAUGUUCAAUAUUCAAAUACUUUACUUAUUGUUAAUAUUAAUAGCAAUAACCCAAAAUAAAGUCCCAAUGGAAUACAUUCUUAUGUUUAAUUUACCAAAUGUAUACAUCUAUAUAUAUAUGUUGAAUUAGUAAUAUAAUAUUUAGUGUAAUAUCAUUUAUAAUAAUUAGUAUGUAUUAGCUGUUAUUUGUAAGAAAGAUGAAUAUGAAAGAUGUAAAUAUAUAAAAUUUAUUUAC